AUGCGUAAAUGUUUUAAAUGCAAAGGUGCGCAUAACACAAUUUUACAUUUACCAGCUAAAAAAGAAAAUUUCCAAUUUAAUUCGCCAAAUACAAAUAAUGCGACAAAUAAUUCAAAUCCAAGAGACGCCACUGUUCCAUCGUCAUCAACAGCCGCUUUGAACGCCAUCGCGAUCGGACCCGAAGCCCGCGUCGAGAACGACAGGUGCCACGAGAACGACGAUGUCACGCUGGUCACCGGAAUAGAGGAUUGCGACGUUGCACGAUUGUGCGGUUCUUCCCAGAUAUUACUAUCGACGGUCGUUGUAAAUUUAAAGAGUUUUGACGCGGAUCCUCGAUUUAAUGUCUCAAAUGAAAUCGAUCUUUUAUUAGGUUCGGAUGUUUUUUGGAGAAUUUUAAGGCCCGGCUAUCAUACUUUGGGUCCGGACUUGCCCAUAUUAAAAAAUACGUUGUUUGGGUGGGUCGUUGCAGGUAAAUUGACUUUAACGGAUAAGAACUUGGGCAAAACGAUAAGUUGUUUAUCCUUAAUUGAAUCAGAGAAGCCUUUAGACGAUACACUUACUAAAUUUUGGGAAAUUGAAGAGGUAAAGUUAUCCAAAGAAAAGUUUACCGAGGAAGAAAGGUACUGCGAGGAUUUUUUUGAGAAAACGGUUAAAAGAGAUGCAACUGGUAGAUAUGUGGUAAAAAUACCAUUUAAGCAAGAAAUUGAAAACCUGGGAUCUUCGAGAGACAAAGCUUUACACAGAUUUGAUUUGCUGGAAGGGAAACUAUCAAAAAAUAAGGAUUUGAAACAAGAAUAUUCGCAAUUUAUGUUGGAAUACCAAGAUUUAAACCAUAUGUCAGAGGUGGACUUCCAGAAUUAUGAAGGAUAUUUCCUUCCCCAUCAUGCGGUGCUUAAAACUACCAGUGUUACCACAAAAUGCAGGGUGGUAUUUGAUUCUUCUUGUAAAACGAAUAAUAAUUUAUCGCUGAAUGAUGUGCAAUACGUGGGUCCCACUCUCCAACACGACAUAUUCUCAAUUUUAAGUAGAUUCCGUUUACAUAAAUAUGUAAUGACUGCAGAUGUGUCUAAGAUGUUUAGGCAAAUUUUAAUAGCACCUGAGCAGCGCAAAUAUCAAAAAAUAUUCUGGCGGGCUAAUAAUAAUGAAGAAUUGAAAGUCUUUUCACUAAACACCGUUACUUAUGGUAACGCGUCGUCGCCAUAUUUGGCUGUAAAAUGCCUGUUUCACUUGGCUGCUCAAAAUGAAAAGGAAUUUCCUCAGGUUGCCAGCAUAAUAAGAAGAGAUUUUUUCAUGGAUGACCUCUUGACAGGCGCCAGUGACAGAAAUGAAAUUUUGAGUUUACAAAAAAAUAUAACUAAAAUUUUAAACUCUGCGGGUUUUCAACUUAGGAAAUGGUUAUGUAAUGAUAAGGCCAUCUUAAAGGAGUUUGAGCUCUUCAGUGAUUUAGAUAAUAGUGUGGUGAAUAUUGGCGAAGGAGAGCAAAAUAAGACAUUAGGCGUUUAUUGGGACUCCAACGAUGACAUUAUUACCUAUAAGGUAAAUAUUUGCAAUGCAUUGCCUCUAAAAAUAAUAUCCAAAAGAUCCAUCCUGUCAGUAGUUUGCCAAGUGUUCGAUCCGUUAGGCUUGGUAGGACCUAUCAUAAUCAAGGCCAAACUUAUUAUUCAAGAGCUUUGGAAGGCAAAAGUCGGAUGGGAUGAUGAAGUUCCUUGUGCAAUCUUGAAAUUAUGGUCCGAUUUCCAAGAGGAUUUGGAUUAUAUAAACUCUAUUAGAAUUCCGAGACAAACAGUUUUUUCUGACUAUGUUAGAUUGGAGCUACAUGGAUUCAGCGAUGCUUCCGAAAGGGCCUAUGGCGCUUGCCUGUAUAUUCGUUGCAUUAUGCCCUCAAAUGUUUUUAUUUCAACCUUGUUAUGCGCAAAAUCGCGAGUUGCUCCAAUUAAACAGAUAAGCUUGCCUCGUUUAGAGUUGUGUGGUUCUCUUCUUCUGGCAAUUUUAUACCACAAAACAGAUGAAACACUGGAGUUAAGGUUUGAUCAGAAAUACUUUUGGACAGAUUCCCGAAUUGUUUUAGCGUGGAUCAGGGAUACCCCUGGACGUUGGAAGACAUUUGUAGCGAAUCGGGUAAGUGAGAUACAGUCUCUAACCAAGGAUGGUUCUUGGGCUCAUGUUAAGUCGUUGGAAAAUCCAGCCGAUUUAUUAUCCAGAGGAAGUUCGUCCAAGCUAUUAAUUAACAAUGAAUUAUGGUGGAGUGGUCCAGAGUGGCUGAAAACAGAUAGUAGCCUAUGGGAGUGUCCCAGUGUCCAGAAUAUUGAUGUGGUUCCAGAAGAACGCAAGACUUUAUCAGGUUUGGUAGUCGACGGUGAAGAAUCUGUGCUGAACUGCUUGUUAAAUAGAUUUUCUUCCUUUAGAUUAAUCUACAGAGUCUUAGCUUAUGUUUUAAGAUUUGUUUUUAACAUAAAAUGUAAACAAAAUAAACAAAAACGCUCAGGUCCUCUAACCUCUGAUGAGAUUACCGCAGCUCAGAAUUUGUUAGUGAUGCAUGUUCAGAAACAAAUGUUUUCAAAAGAGUACCAAUGUUUAGUCUCGAAUAAGCCGCUUUCUAAAAGUAGUAAAAUUUUAUCUCUUAAUCCCUUUUUAAAAGACAAUUUAAUUCGCGUAGGUGGUAGAUUAAGAAACUCUGACCAACCAUUUGCAAGAAAGUACCCCGUGAUUCUGCCAAAUGAUCAUAUUUUAACCAAAUUGAUACUUACCUAUGAGCAUGAACGCCUCUUACAUUGUGGGGUUCAGAUGUUGCUUUGCUCUAUUAGAGAAAAUUAUUGGCCUGUAUCGGGUAGGAAAAAUUGUAAGGCUGUUAUUAAAAAGUGUUAUAAAUGUUUUAAGGCCAAUCCUAAGCCAAUAAAAUAUCUUAUGGGUGACUUGCCUAGCAUACGUGUAAACGAUUUUGUUGUUUUUUCAAACGUGGGUACCGACUUCGGUGGUCCUUUUAUUCUGAAGGAUAGAAAAUCUCGAGGUGCCAAAUUUUCAAAGGCCUAUAUAUGCCUGUUUGUUUGUAUGUCGGUAAAAGCGGUUCACAUUGAACUCGUUACAGAGUUAACUACCGAGGCCUUUCUUGCUGCAUUUAAAAGAUUUGUAAGCCGAAGAGGAAGGCCAGUUAAUAUCUAUUCAGAUAAUGGCACAAACUACACCGGCGCGAAUAAUGAGCUUAUAAAAUUGUACGAUUUUUUAAAACAAAAUUUUAACGAAAUUUCGAAUAAGUUCUCUGAUGAAAGGGUUAACUGGCAUUUCAUCCCGGCAAGGUCGCCAAGUUUCGGAGGUAUCUGGGAGGCAGGCAUUAAAUGCGCGAAAACUCAUAUUAAAAGAGUAGUAGGUAAUAACUCGUUAACAUUCGAAGAAUUUGUUACGGUACUGACACAAAUAGAGGGUGUUCUCAAUUCGCGUCCGCUUUGCCCGAUGACGUCAGAUCCAGAUGAUUUAUCAGCCCUGACACCAUCCCACUUUCUAAUUGGCAGGCAGUUGACCGCAUUACCAGAACCAAGUUUAACCAAUAUACCAGAAAACAGGCUGAAGAAAUGGCAGUUGUUGCAGUCUAUGGUGCAGCAUUACUGGUGCCGAUGGCACAAAGAAUAUCUGUCUGAGUUACAGACACGAGUGAAGUGGCGACAGAAGUUUCCUGAGAUGUUACAAGUGGGCUCGUUAGUCCUACUCAAGGAAGAUAAUAUGCCUAGUCUUUCUUGGCCUUUGGGUCGCAUCGUACAACUUUGUCCUGGGUCUGAUGGUGAAACAAGAGUAGUUAAGGUAAUGGUGCGUGAUAAAAUACUCUCCCGAGCAGUGAAUCGCGUGUGUAUUCUACCAUCAGAAACGAAAUAA